CAUACAGGUGACCAUGGGAUGGCUCUUCAAGUCCGGUUGGGCUCAAGGAUGUCCUCAUUAGUAUCCAUGGCUUCCGUCUCCAAGAGUCUCAUAUUCUUUCUCCUCUCUACACUCUCCAUUUUGCCAACUUACACACACCCACUGGAUCCCCUAACCCCAACCGAGUUCACCAAAAUUCAAUCCAUAGUUCAUAACUCGUAUCCCAAGUCAAACCACAGCAUAGCCUUUCACUAUGUAGGCCUCGAAGAACCAACCAAAACUGCCAUUCUUUCAUGGCUGGAAGGCACUGCUACCAGAACCCCACCUCGACAAGCAUUUAUCAUAGCACGUAUAAACCAGAUCACUCAUGAAAUUAUCGCUGACUUAUCAGUCCGCAAUAUUGUUUCUGAUAGAGUUUACGGCGGUUAUGGGUACCCUCUGCUCACUUUUGAAGAGCAAGGAACUGCCAAUGCAUUGCCGUUUAAGUAUACUCCGUUCUUGGAGUCAAUUAGAAAGAGAGGGCUCAAGGUUGAAGAGGUUGUGUGUACGAGUUUUGCUAUUGGUUGGUAUGGAGAAAAGAGAAGGAGUAAAAGGGUAGUCAGGGUCCUGUGUAAUUAUUUAGACGGGACUGUGAAUUUGUAUAUGAGACCAAUUGAGGGAAUUACUGUCACCGUUGAUCUUGAGGAAAUGAAGAUCUUAGGGUUUAAAGAUAGAUCAACUGUGCCUAUGCCAAAGGCUGACGGGACCGACUACAGGGAAUCAUCGCAAAAACCACCUUUUGGAUCUCCGUUGAAAGGAAUCUCGAUGCACCAAUCUGACGGCCCAAGUUUCACAAUAGAUGGACACGCGAUUAGGUGGGCCAAUUGGGAUUUUCAUUUGAGCUUCGAUGCUCGAGCGGGCCCAGUUAUAUCCUUGGCAUCAAUAUUUGAUCUCCAGAAGCAAAAGUUUCGUAAAGUUCUGUAUCAAGGGUUCCUGUCAGAGGUCUUCGUGCCAUAUAUGGACCUAAAUGAAGAGUGGUACUAUCGAGUAUUUUUUGAUGCUGGUGAAUAUGGGUAUGGCCUAUGUGCAGUGCCACUUGAGCCACUUAGGGACUGUCCGGAAAAUGCAGUUUUCAUGGACGCUUAUGUUGCAGACCACAAUGGGACGCCUGUAAAUAUGCCUAAUAUCUUUUGCAUAUUUGAGAGGUAUGCUGGAGACGUAAUGUGGCGGCAUACGGAGGCUGCUAUACCAGGCAAAGUGAUAAGAGAAGUUAGGCCAGAGGUGACCCUGGUUGUAAGAAUGGUGUCUACUGUUGGCAACUACGAUUACGUUAAUGAUUGGGAGUUUAAGCAAAGCGGCUCAAUCAAAGUCACGGUUGGGUUGACUGGUUUGCUUGAAGUGAGGGGAUCAAUGUACACCCAUAAAGAUCAAAUAAAAGAGGAAGCUUAUGGUACAUUGUUAGCAGAAAAUACCCUGGGUGCAAACCAUGACCACUUCUUUACUUACCAUCUUGAUCUUGAUGUGGAUGGCGAUGCAAACUCAUUUGUCAGGUCCCAGUUGCUAAUGACCCCAGUGACCGAUCACCGGUCGCCUAGGAGGAGCUACUGGAGGGUUGUGAGCGAGACAGCUAAAACGGAGUCUGAUGCAAGGAUUAAGCUCGGUGUAGCACAAGAAGAUCUAUUAGUGAUUAAUCCAAACAAGAGGACCAAUAUCGGAAACUUCAUUGGCUACCGUUUGAUCCCAGGGUCUGUUGCGGCCCCCCUCUUAUCAGAUGAUGAUUAUGCACAAAUUCGGGGAGCCUUCACCAAAUACAAUCUAUGGAUUACCCCAUAUAACAAGUCUGAAAAAUGGGCGGGAGGGCUUUAUGUUGAUCAAAGCCGAGGAGAUGAUACCCUAGCAAGAUGGAGCCUCAGGAAUAGGGAAAUAGAAAAUAAAGACAUUGUGUUGUGGUACACAUUGGGAUUUCACCAUGUGCCAUACCAAGAAGAUUUUCCGGUAAUGACAACUCUUAGCAGUGGAUUUGAGCUCCGGCCAGCUAAUUUUUUCGAGAGCAACCCGGUGCUCAAAGUCAGACCACCCCAACCUGAUAAUUGGUCCAAUUGCUCUAGAGCAUAGCAACUUACGAAUUCAAUGGAUUUUUGUUUUAAGAACCAUGCAAAAACAUCGACAAUGCAUUUCCUCCUUCCUUCAAUCUCUGACCAAUUUUACGGGAUUAUGUUCUUUCGAAAAUAAAUGUAAUGUAUAACGUGGAUAUAAUUCUUUCA